AUGAUGGAAAACAAUAUGCCAUCUCUUCUGAAAUGCAAGUCAUCAAUGCCAUCAAGCUUUGGAGAUUUCAGUUGCUGUCGUCUGGUAAUUGAUGCCACAGAGGUGACGCAGGAUGUCCCUGGUCAGGACAUGGCAGCUCAAUCCCAGACAUAUAGCUCAUACAAAAAUCGACACACUGUAAAGGCAGUAACAGGUGUUGCUCCUAAUGGAGCAGUUGUGUACGUUAGCAAACUUUAUCCUGGCAGUACCUCAAAUGUGGCUAUAGUGGAACACAGCAACAUGUUAGCUAAGUUAUCGCCUGGGGACAUGAUCUUGGCAGAUAAAGGUUUUACGAUCUAUUCACUUCUUCCUCAAGGUGUUCACUUGAAUAUUCCCCCAUUCCUUAAAGAUAAGGGACAAUACACACCAGCUGAAGUUCAGGUUUGCAGAAAGAUAGCUCGUUCAAGAAUCCAUGUUGAGAGAGUGAAUGAGAGGAUAAAAAUUUUUGAGAUUCUUUCACAUAUUCCCCAGCAAUUUCGCCACAUUAGCACAAAGAUUUUUCAAGUUUGUUCUAUGCUUGUAAACUUUCAAGAUCCAAUGAUCGCUGAAAUUGCAGAUAAUUACACUUCCAAUCAGUAA